GCUGAGCGGUGGGUGAGGCCGGGGCUGUCAUGUGACGGCGCUGUGUGCUCGCAGUCAGUGUGACAGUGGUCUCUGAGGUGUGCGGGUCGGAGAUGGAGCGGUACCUGCGCGGUGUGCUGAUGUGCCUGCUCGGCUUAGGGCUCAUGACGGAAGCAUUUGAAGUGGAGAUAAAAAAUGGAUCCAAUACCUGUAUAUACGCCAGCAUGAAUGUCAACUUCACAAUACAAUAUGAAACUAACAGUAGCAAAUCUAUCAAUGCAACCUUGGUUGUACCUGAUAAAGUGACCACGGAUGGCAGCACUUGUGGUGGCAAAGAGGUAGCUCCUUUAUUGGUGGUUAACUUUGGGAGCAACCAUUCCCUACGUUUGAACUUCACCAGUGAUGGUACUGUGUACCGUGUCGAUGUGAUCGUCUUCACCUACAAUACUAAUGACAGCGAACACUUUCAGGAUGCCAAAACUAAAGGGCUCUUCAGUACUUUCAAGUCUGUGGAUAUAGCCAUACCAGUGAAUGCAACCUACGUAUGUCUAAAUGAAGCGGUAGUGGUAACAGAAAAUGUCGUGCAAGUCUACCAGAAUGUUUCCCUGCUGGCGUUCUCACAGGAUAAGCCAUUUACAAAAGAGUUUCAUUGCAGCGCGGAUGCCUCAACGACCCAAGCUCCAGUUACUCCUAAUAUAACUACACCUAACACGCCAUCAACCACCCCAACACCAACCACAAAACCUGUGGAUAAUCCCACCAUCGGCAACUAUACGGUUUUAAAUGGGACAGAGACAUGUCUCCUGGCUUCCAUGGGUCUGCAGCUUAAUGCCACUCUGCUUGUUGAUGGAAAGACUGUCUGGACCCCACUUAAUAUUGAUCCUAAAAAUACCAAUAGUUCUGGAAGCUGUGGCAACGACAGUGCUCUUCUGAGGCUCAACGACAAUGGCACUAUUGUGGAAUUUCUUUUCUUGGUUAAAAAUAAGAACUUUUAUCUUCAAGAGGUUAAUGUCACUCUCGUGAACGCUUCAGGUAUGUCUGUAAGAACAAACAGCAACCUGAGCUUGUGGGAAGCGUCGCUGGGAAGUUCAUACCUGUGCCACAAAGAACAAACCAUCACGGUGUCUGAUGACCUCUACGUUAAUACUUUUGAUGUCAGAGUUCAGCCCUUUGGUGUAAAGAAUGCGACAUACGCUACAGCUUCUGAAUGUUCCCUCGACGACGACAACAUUUUAAUUCCAAUCAUAGUUGGUGCUGCACUUGCAGGCUUAAUUGUCAUUAUAGUGAUUGCUUACUUAAUUGGUAGAAGAAAAACCUAUGCCGGAUACCAGACCCUAUAAUUGUCACCCCACUGCCCUCUGAUUUGUACUUUUUGAAGUGGGUGCAAGUUAAUCUGCAACGUGCGUCUUUCCCACUAUUGACUGUUUCAGGCUACGGCCAUUGCGUGUCCUCAGCCGUCGUGGAACUACAAGUUCUGUAAUGCAGCUUUGCCGGCUCGGCAUGCUAGGACUUGUAGAUGCAUGACGGAUGCAGGCUGUCAGUGUCCUGCAACUAAGAAUAUUUCAUCGAAUGCUGCUAAAAUAGAAGGGAACACUUCACAGCCCCUGACCAUGUUCAGUCUUGCAGUUGCUUUUGUGUCAUUCCAAAUUUAGAUGUUUAUUAGGGAAAGGACACCUGUAACGGCAGCAGCGAUGUGGGUGAAAACCGCGUUGGCAUGCAGUCUUACUGCAGAUUGGCACCAUUGUCAAUGGUUGCUGGUAGACCUAAUAUCAGUGUGGUUUAUAGCCGCCACAUGUGACCUUACCCGAAUCCAGUCCUUGCUGUUACUUAGGAUUUGACAUCAGUAGGAAACCACUCAGCCGAGGUCCACUCCUGUAUUACAUCCAAAUACAGCAGGACCUACCACUGUUCUGCUGCCUCUUCAAACAUAGCUGCCCAGGUAUAGCCCUGUGCUCCUAUCAAAUAUGAAGAAAACUGGUCCAUUUAGUAUAGUAUAAACAUGAAUCCAGGUAACAUUGGCCGUCAUGGGCCCUCGUGUCCAGGCUCUAAGGGGCUCAUAUGGGUCUCAUUUUAACAACACUGUCUAAAGGACAUUGGCUUUGGCACCAAAUCAUGGCUUUCUCUGAGCAAAUUGGGAAAUGAAAGCAGGAAAAAGCAAGGACAGUUUUUUUGUUAAUUCGCAGUGAUAAAUGAGACCCUUUUGGACCACAUUUAUCAAGACUGUCUAAAGGAAUUUUUUUCUUUGCCCAUAGCAACCAGUUGUAUACUCUUUUAUUUCCUAAUCUGCUGCGGUAAAAUGAAAAUGAAAGCUGCUCUGUGGCUCUUGCACGUCAUAGGCCACAAUUUGAUUAGACCGUUUUGAUGUGCUGUUUGAGUGGCCUGUUGUACCUUUUUUUUUUUUUUUUUUUUUUUGGGCAAUUUACAGUUGUAGGGAUUUUUUUUUUCCAGCUUAUACAGGCACAGUUUUACUUGAAAAUUAAUUGAAUUUGUUAAAUUCUAAACCACGUUAGCUCACCCCCAAAGUCGAAUCACUCUCUAUACCUGAACCACUACAUUAUUGGUUUCCCUAUAAAUCACCUGUUUUAUAAAAAUGAUUUUUGUAUCCAAGUCUGUGUCCUAGAUUGCUUCUUGGACAGUUGACCAUGUAAAGCGGGCAUCCUCAAACUGCGGCCCUCCAGCUGUUGUAAAACUACAACUCCCACAAUGCCCUGCUGUAGGCUGAUACCUGUAGGCUGUUUUGGCAUGCUGGGAGUUGUAGUUUUGCUGGAGGGCCACAGUUUGAGGAUACCUGGUGUAAAGAAGGUGGACAAUAUCACAUGGCGGAGGUCUCCAGCUCAUGUCUGCGACCUUCCCCUUUAUCUGUGCACCUUGCAGAAAUCAAUGCUUGUGCUAGAGAAAUAAUCAUACACACUGGAGCUAACCAAUGAGUAAAAAAACUAAAUCCAGCCCAUGGCCAUGUCGCAUGCAGUCGUAUUCUGUCUAGGCCAUCAUUCAUAUAUGGAAGUGGUUUUCAGUCGCAAAAUUUUUGGUGAACAAAGCCUUAUGGGUCUGUUAUUGGUAGACUGUUGUCCCGCCUAAUAACAUGGUGGAUAUUUGGCUUUCCAGUUUCAGAAGUCUGCCUAUGUUCUUAGUUUAACGUUUUGUGUUCAGUGGAAUAUUAUACAUAACCUUUACAUUGGUCAGUCCAAGGGGACAAAUCUAACACCUGUCCUGUUCUUCUGCAAUGCGAUGUACUUAGAAAAAAAAAUAAAAAAUCCCAAAUGUGUGUUCUUGUUUGUAGAGAUUAUUAUUAUAUAUAUUUUUUUUUUUUUAAGAUUCUGCUCUGGUUAAACUGAUUAUAUGAAUAAUUAAUAACCAUUAUAACCAAAUUACAAUAAAACUGAGUGACCAAAA